AUGAACUGUCAUGUCCUCCUGUGCCCAUGUGAGGACACAAGGCAGGCCGUUUUCGUGCUCCAGAAGCUCUGCUGAAAUUAUGGCGUGGCCCUGGACUGGGUGCCAAAUUCCCCUCGAUUCCAUGCGGCAUCCAUGAACGCCCUCACGAUGCCCCUGUCUGCCUUCAAAUAUAUAGCUCAGUCGCCGCUUGGUCCGGUACGGCUUCAUGUGUGCGUGCGUGAUUGAAGACGGAGGCCCGGAGGUGCGCUGUCGGCACUGGCCAUGUCGCUGGCUCGUUACGACGCCAACGUCCUGCUGGCCGCGGUGACCGCGCUCUCGGCGGCUGUCGCUUUCGUCGCGGCGCUUCACCUCUACGCGCGGUGCCUCCUGCAGCGGCGCGUCGCCCUCGCGGAAGGCAGCCCUCGCGUGGUCGCGCUGCAGCGGCAGCGCCCGCCGGACGGCUACGUGGUGGAGGUCGUCCGCAUCGUCGAAGACGCAAGCGUGUGCGGCCAGCAGGCUGCGGGGCUGGACGCCAAGGCGCUGCGCGCGCUGCCGGUGUUCACGUUGGAGUCCGAGCAGGCCAAGGAAGAAGGCGGCGUCGCUGCCGAGCUGCACGGGCAGUGCGUGGUGUGCCUCGGGGAGAUGGAGGAUGGCGAGCUGGGGAGGCUGCUCCCGGGGUGCCGCCACGUGUUCCACGUUGAGUGCAUCGACACGUGGCUCGGGGUGAGCUCGACCUGCCCGGUGUGCCGGACGGCAGCUACGCCUGCCGCUCCGUCGGCCGUCGGCGUGGACCACGGUGGCGGGGAAGAGUCCAUAGCUGUUGAGUGCUAGUGUGAUGUACAAAAAAAGGAAGGUUAAUCAUAAAUAAAUGGAUGCAAGGCUGAAAUCUUUUGUGCU